AUGGCGGCCCGCGCGCCCCCCGCCGCACCUGCGGCCGACGACCCGGGGGGCCCGGGAGGCCCGGGAGGCGCCCCGCGCAGGAAGAAGUCCCGCUCCGGCGCGUCCGGCCUCCGCCGCGCCUUCAGCUGGCUGCGGGGCAAGCGGCGCAAGAAGAAGGCGGCGGGGGCCGAGGGCGCCGAAUCGGCCGCCCCCCGGGCCAAGAAGGCGGACGACAAGGCCAAGAGGGCCAAGGGUAAAGGCCGAGGCUCUGCCAAGGCUGAGAGUGACAAACGUCUAAGUGCAGGGCCUGGCCAGGGGCCAGGGUCUAUCGUGGAUGAGCACCAGGACAAUGUCUUCUUCCCCAGUGGGCGACCGCCUCACCUGGAAGAGCUGCACACACAGGCCCAGGAGGGGCUCCGUUCCCUCCAACACCAAGAAAAACAGAAACUGAAUAAGGGUGGCUGGGACCAUGGAGACACCCAGAGCAUCCAGUCUUCCCGGAUCGGGCAGGAUGAGGAUAGCAUCUCCUUCUGCAGUCAGACCACAUCCUACACAGCCGAGAGCUCCACAGCAGAGGAUGCGCUCUCCAUCCGCUCGGAGAUGAUCCAGCGCAAAGGCUCUACCUUCCGACCUCAUGACUCAUUUUCCAAAUCAUCCGGGAAGUCAGGGCGGCGGCGGCGUGAGAGACGGAGCACGGUCCUGGGGCUGCCUCAGCACGUGCAGAAGGAACUCGGCCUGCGGAAUGAGCGUGAGGCACCGGGUACCCCUCGGCCUCCUGGUCCCCGGGAUGCCGUCCGCAUCCCCACAGUGGAUGGCCGCCCAGCAGGCCCAGCCUCGGGGACAGGGGCCCGGGUGUCCCUGCAGGCGCUGGAGGCACAGGCUGAGGCUGGUGCCGAGGCAGAGGCCAUGCUGCAGCGCCACAUUGACCGUAUCUACCGGGAUGACACCCUCGUUGGUCGGUCCACGGGGGCCCGGCCCCCACCGGUGACCCGGCCCAUGUCCUUAGCGGUGCCUGGACUCACAGGAGGGGCAGGGCCUCCAGAGCCCCUGAGCCCAGCCAUGUCCAUCUCGCCCCAGGCCACCUACUUGUCAAAACUGAUCCCAGAUGCUGUCCUGCCGCCCACAGUGGACGUGGUGGCCCUGGGCCGCUGCAGCCUGCGCACAUUGAGCCGCUGCAGCUUGCUGUCAGCCAGCCCUGCCUCUGUCCGCUCGCUGGGCCGCUUCUCCUCGGCCUCCAGUCCGCGGCCCCGCAGCCGCCACCCUUCCUCCUCCAGUGACACUUGGAGCCACUCUCAGUCCUCUGAGACGAUCGUGUCUGAUGGCUCCACCCUCUCCUCCAAGGGUGGCUCUGAGGGUGGGCUUGAGGGCUCUGUGGGUUGCAAUAGUGCAGCUCCCCCUCCACAGGGGGGCAGUGGGAGGGGCUCCCCCAGUGGGGGCAGCACUGCUGAGGCCUCAGAUACAGUCAGCAUUCGGAGCAGUGGGCAGUUGUCUGGCCGGAGUGUGUCCCUACGUAAGCUGAAGCGGCCCCCGCCUCCUCCCCGCCGGACCUACUCACUCCAUCAGCGGGGCUUGGCCUCACCUGAUGGGCCCUUGGGGUUGCCACCCAAGCCUGAGCGGAAGCAGCAGCCGCAGGUGCCCCGGCCGCCCACCACUGGUGGGUCAGAGGGGGUGGGGUCAGCCCCCUGUCCCCCCAACUCAGCAGGCCCCUGGGUGCCUGGCUUGUCUCCAGGUGGCUCCCGGCGUCCCCCACGCUCCCCAGAACGGACGCUCUCACCCUCCAGCGGGUACUCGAGCCAAAGCGGUACCCCUACCCUCCCUCCCAAGGGCCUAGCAGGGGCCCCUGCUUCCCCAGGCAAGGCCCAGCCCCCUAAGCCAGAGCGGGUCACUUCCCUUCGGUCUCCUGGGGCCUCUGUCUCCUCCUCCCUCACGUCCCUCUGUUCCUCAUCCUCUGACCCAGCCCCCUCAGAUCGUUCUGGUACACAGAUGUCGACCGCUCUGGGUGACAGGUUUGCCAUACCUCCUCACCCCAAGGUGCCUGCCCCCUUCUCUCCACCCCCUUCCAAGUCCAAGAGCCCUAACCAAGCUGCCCCGGCUCCCGUUCCUCCUGCUGCGGUCCCUGGGCCUGUCUCUACCACUGAUGGGAGUCCUGAGCCCCUGCCAGCUCUGCAGACAGCCCUGGUCCCACCACCGGGGGCUCCCAUUGCCUCUAAAGACAAGUCCCCCCCACCCUCCCCACCCCCAUCUUAUCAUCCUCCCCCCCCACCCACUAAGAAGCCAGAGGUGGUUGAGGCCCUGUCUGCCCCCGAGACUGCUGAGGAGUCCCUCCAAGACCCCCACUGGCCCCCACCCCCGCCUCCUGUACCUGAGGAGCAGGACCUGUCCAUGGCUGACUUCCCCCCACCCGAGGAGGCAUUUUUCUCUGUGGCUGCCCCUGAGCCUGCAGGCCCUUCAGACCCCCCAGGGCCUGUCAGAUCCCUGGCUGCUUCGUCCUCUUCGGGUACCUCUUCAGGUACCGUCUCUUCCCAGAGCCAGCUCCUCAGUUCCCCAGACCCUCCUCCAGCUCCACCGGCCCCACCUCCUGCUGGUUCUGUCCCAGGGCUUUUGGCCAAGGUCCCGCGGAAGGAACCCGUGGGCUGCAGCAAAGGUAGUGGGGCUCCCAGGGAGGAUGCUGCUGCACCCCUGGUCACGCCCUCCCUCCUGCAGAUGGUGCGGCUGCGCUCCGUGGGCACUUCUGGGGUAGCUCCGAGCUCGGCAUCAGGGCCAUCGGCCCCCCAGAAGCCCCUACGAAGGGCCCUGUCGGGCCGGGCCAGCCCCGCGCCAGCCCCCUCCUCGGGGCUCCAUGCUGCUGUCCGACUCAAGGCCUCCGGUCUGGCUGCCAGCCAGGACCCCGCGAGUGUCCAGCCCAAUGGACCACCUGAGGCGGAGCCGCGCUCUCCCCAAUCCCCUGCCUCUAUGGCCAGCUUCAUCUUCUCCAAGGGCACCAAGAAGCUGCAGCUGGAGCGGCCCGUGUCCCCAGAGACCCAGGCUGACCUCCAGCGGAAUCUGGUGGCUGAACUUCGGAACAUCUCAGAGCAGCGGCCACCCCAAGCCCCAAAGAAGCCACCUAAAGCUCCCCCACCCGUGGCCCGCAAGCCCUCUGGGGGGGUCCCAUCACCCAGCUCCCCCGCCUUUCAUCGGGCUGAGUCCCUUCCUGCUCCUCCCACCAACGGGCUCCAUUCCGAGGACAGGACUAAGGGGGAACUGGCGGAGAAUGGAAGUGUCGUGCAGCUGGUGGGCCCUGGGGAGCAGAAGCUGGGCCCGCCUGGCUCAGACCCACAGAAAGAGCUGGUCUGACCACCAGGCACCUUGCUGGCACUGCUGACCCAUCCCAGGAAUACAAUCUCAGGGACCUGAGCAGCUCCAAGGACGAGAGGAUACGGCAGACACUUCAUCUAGUAGGGAGGAUGCCUGCAGCCUUAACCUUCACAGCCUUCGAUAUUUAUGCAAGCCUGGUGUUGAUCUGUCCUCCAAGUCAUCCAGCUCCUGCCUCUCCCCGCGCCCCCAAUGGAUUUCCCUCUGGCAGCUGCUGCUUGUCUUGGCCUUAGCCUCAUUUUGAAGGAGGUAGCUAGUGGGAGCGGGUGGCUGCGCCCCCUGCUGGCCUCGAGGCCACACAGUUGGGAGCAGAGCACCUCACUUGUUUCUUUCCCUUGCCCCCCACCCCAUGUUCAAAUCAUGCACAUACUGUAGUCCAGAAUCAAAGCACUUUUGAAAAGUGGCUGCAUGUCCAUCCUCCAGGGCCCGUGAAGCCACAUUCCAGGGGCCUGUUUACAUGGCAGCAGCAUCAGUCCACAGUAGCUGGCCCCUAGCUGGGACCAAUCUGUCCCCUCCCUCCGAUCCAGUGUGCCCAUUCCUUAGUUCUUGGAGGUGGGCGAGUCACUGUAUCCCCACAGGCUUCUCCAGGCUGGAGGCAGGAGCGGGGCUGUGGAAUUCCAAAGCACAAAAGGUGCAGCAGGGGUUAGCCCUCUUGUGCCUCAACUUACCACCAACCACCCUCCUUGCCUUCCAGUUUUGCCAGGUGCUCCAUGUGGGGGACAAGUGGGAGAUUGCCAGGGUCCCGGUGGGGUGGGGGAAAAGAACCAGGUGUCUCCGGAGAGUAGGAGAAUGGAAUAGGUUGACAUCUCAGUAGACGCUUUGGUGAUGCCAAACAUCCGCCCCUUGUUUCACUUGUACAGGUUGGGGUGGGCAGGCGGGCACAACACUUCAGAGCCCAUGGGCUGUGGCAAAGCUGUGUCCUUUUCAGCUGGGCAGGAAGUCCUGAGGAGGUGGGUGGAGGGGUCUGGCAAGGGGAGUGCUUAUUUGGGCAAUGGGCCCAGACCUAGCCCUAUAGAUUACAUUUGUGACCUUUCUCUUUACUUGGUGCAUGUUCUUUCUGCAGCUGCCUUUCAGCGCAGGUGGUUUCACAGGGGGGAGCUGACACUGAGUGACAAGGAUGGGAAACCAAAGGUGCACUCUAUUCCAGGCUCUUUCCUAGUCCGUGUGUGUGGGGGGGUGUUCAGUGCUCCUAGGGAGCAGGCUGGGUGAUUGCCCCCUAGCCAUCAGCCUCUGCUACUGAUCUCUCCUCUAGGAAUUUUAAUGACCUAUUUUCAGCCUGUGCCACCUAUCUAGGUAAGCUGACUUCCCCACUGGCCCUGGUACCUCCCUCCACAGUCGUGUGGCUGCCACCAGGGUCACCCCUUCUGUCUUGAUCCUCUUUCCUCAACAGUGAUUUGGGCUUGAGCCUGGCAAAGAACCUCACUUUUAGCUGCUUCUCUGGAGAGACUGAACCCCUCCCAGAACAAGAGCUGGGAAUAUAGGGGAUGUGGUACGAGAGCCCAGGUCCCUCUGGCCCUCCCUCAUGACUGUCUUCUCCCUGUAGCUCUAAACCAAGGCUGCUCCCUUGCCCCGUGGGUUAGGGAGAGCCGCUCCUGGGUACUUGUCACACCUGCCCAGUGAGCUGGGGAAAGAGGAUAGUCCGUAUGCAUGGCUCUGCUCAGAGCUCCUGACCAAACCCCCUGGGAGCCAAGACCAGGUUGAAGACUCCAUGAAACCAGGCCCUGGCAGCAGCUCUGGAGCUGCUGGAGGUAGGAGGGAGCCCAACUUCUGUAUUUCUUUCCCUCCCCUCCCCUCUCAAUGUUACUUGAGCUCCUUAUCCUCAGCUAGAAUCUUCUGAGCUUGUUUCCCCACUGGGUGGGACAGAGUACAAAGGAGAAAGGAGGAUCUAGAAGAGGCAGCCCUUCUUUGUCCUCUGGGGGAAAUGAGCUUGACCUAGUGCAAAUGGAGAGACCAAAAGCCUCUGAUUUUUAAUUUCCACAAAAAUGUUAGAGAGAGAAGUAUAUAUAUAUAUAUUUCUUUAAAUUUUUGAGUCUUUGAUAGGUCUAUACAAACAAUCCAUUCCCUCUGCCCUGAAGCCUGAGUGAGACACAUGAUAAAGCUCUCUGUGUGUUUCAUUCGAAGGUGUUAAUUAAAUGAUUAAAACUUG